AUGUCUUCAGUCAAAGCCAUCAUCUUCGGCGCAACAGGCGCAGUUGGUCGUGCUGCAGUCUUGGAGGCCCAAUCGCGCGGUGCACAAGUCACACUUGCCAUGCGCAACACCAAAAAGCCCAUCCCAGGCUUUACACCAGAACUUGAGAAGAAACUGAGCUUCACUCUCGUUCAGGCAGAUCUCUCAGAUCCCAAGUCCGUCCAGCUCGCCGUUUCUGAAUCAGGAGCAACUGUAGCAUUUUCGUACAUACUCUUCGAAGCAGAAGACGGCCUUUUGGAAACGCACAAAGCUAGAAAGAGGGCUGGUAUCACGCAUGCUGUUCUGCUUUCUUCGUUUUGUGUUACAGAGAAUGGGGGCCCAAAACCAUCUUCUGAGGCAGCGGAGAUCCUAAAUGUUGUUCAUGGCAAGGCUGAACUUGCGCUUGCUGAAAGUGGCCUUGCUUACACUGUCAUACAUCCUGCAUAUUUCUCGAGUAAUAUCCAGAUGCUAGAAGAUUGGGAGGAGGUCAAGUCGGGACAGCUCGCGUUGGCUCAUCCCAACGCACCGUUCGAUUAUCUCGCCCCCGAAGACGUCGGCGCUCUCGCAGGUGCAAGAGUCGCUGCAAUACCCUUCAGGGGACGAGCAGCAUGGAAAGUUGUCAGUGAAGGUCUGGGCAUGGAUAUCAGCAUCAAGGAGGCAAACAGCGAUGAGCACAGAGAGAAACUCAGAUCCAGGGGUUUUCCAGAGCGUAUGAUUAAGUCUGCUGUUGAGAGGCUAGCAUAUCUUGGGCGUGAUCCGGCGAUUUUGUAUGAGCCGGAGACGUAUAGAGCGGCGUCGAUGAAUUUUAGGAAGUAUACGGGCAGACAACUUACUACGUUCAAGGCUUGGGUUGAUAAGCACCAAGAGGAACUUUUAGCGAAUUAG